UAUCAAGACACACCUGUAGAAGGCGAAGCACCUCCUCCGAAAAGACUGCUUGAGUUCUUUGGACAAAUCAACAAGGUUUCAAAUGAGUUCGCGAGACAGAAUUACGCGGGUAGACCGCAUGCGCGUACGUGUUUGAUUUUGUCGAAGACGCAGAGUCAGAAUAUUAACAAUUGAUUGCAAAAGAUCUCGCAUAUCUCGCAACACUUCCACAACAUCGAAGGCGUGGAGCAGCGCACAUGCUGCUCGAACGAGGCACGAAGAAGGCCGACGAAGCGGGACUUGACAUGUAUCUCCAAGCGUCUCCUGAGGGUGCCAGACUGUAUAAGAAGUUCGGAUUCGAAGAAAAGCAGUACGAGGAUGUGGAUCUGAAACCGUUUGGAGUGGACAUGGUCAGUUCAAGAACGUAUAUGAAAAGAAAGGCCGGAGGGAUUCGUCAAUAAAGUGUAUGCGAACAGGCCGUUGAGGGUUCUUCGUGUACAUGUAACGGUGGUCUACAGGAAGAGCUAUCCGGAUUCAGAAUUGGAGUAGAAUGUGUAGGCUUCAGCUUAUGAGAAAGAAGGCGACAAAUAACUCUCAAGAUUGACACCUGGUCAUCAAAGAGUACGGUAUGCACGAUUGGCAGGGGAAUGGAAUUAGAUUCCGGAGAUUGAGCACGACGAUCAUUCAUGUCUCGAAGCUUUCUCCAGGAAAGUUUCAUGGGUGGGUCUGGGCAUGGACGUGCGGGCGGCAGGAGCGGGCAGUCGUUGGCAACGAGGAGCGCUCUGCGGUUUUGCGCUGCCCAUCAUGCGACCAGCGACCGGGU